CUGCCCCUCCCGCUCCCCCGGCCGUAGGAGCGGGCAGCCGCGCAGCGGGGCUGGCAGGCAGGGCGGUGGCAGCCGGGGUGAGGCGAGGGGCCGGUGCAAGAGUCGAGGACCCUCUGCUACUGGGGCCGGCGCGGAGCGGAACCCGCGGGAGGAGCGCGGGGCGGAGCGGAGCGGAGUGCGGCCCCGCCGCUGCCUGGAUGCCAGAGGCGCCUCGGGAGCCGGCGGCCGGCGGCACCCAGGAGGGCCCGGGGAAGGAGGAAGAGGCGGCAGAGGAGGAGGACUCCGGGCGCGGAGGGGAGGAAGCAGACAGCGCUGGCCAUGGCCUCCAACUUUAACGAUAUAGUCAAGCAGGGCUACGUGAAAAUUCGCAGCAGAAAGCUGGGGAUUUUCAGGCGAUGUUGGCUAGUUUUCAAGAAGGCUUCCAGUAAAGGACCCAGGAGGCUAGAAAAGUUUCCAGACGAGAAAGCAGCAUAUUUCAGGAACUUCCACAAGGUAACUGAGCUGCACAAUAUCAAAAACAUAACUAGAUUGCCUCGAGAGACAAAGAAGCAUGCAGUGGCAAUUAUCUUUCAUGAUGAGACGUCAAAGACAUUUGCGUGUGAGUCAGAGCUAGAGGCAGAAGAAUGGUGCAAACAUCUUUGCAUGGAGUGUCUAGGAACCAGGCUUAAUGAUAUAAGUCUUGGAGAGCCAGAUUUGCUUGCUGCUGGAGUCCAGAGAGAACAAAAUGAGCGAUUCAAUGUAUAUCUUAUGCCUACACCAAAUUUAGAUAUCUAUGGGGAAUGUACAAUGCAGAUCACACAUGAAAACAUCUAUCUCUGGGACAUCCACAAUGCCAAGGUCAAGCUGGUCAUGUGGCCUCUGAGUUCUUUGAGGAGAUAUGGACGGGACUCAACAUGGUUCACGUUUGAAUCUGGAAGGAUGUGUGACACAGGAGAAGGGCUGUUCACCUUUCAGACACGAGAAGGAGAAAUGAUAUAUCAGAAAGUCCAUUCUGCAACACUGGCAAUAGCAGAGCAACAUGAAAGAUUAAUGAUGGAGAUGGAGCAGAAAGCACGGCUCCAGACCAGUCUAUCUGAACCAAUGACAUUAUCCAAGUCGAUCUCACUUCCUCGUAGUGCGUACUGGCAUCAUAUCACCCGGCAGAACAGCGUUGGAGAAAUCUACAGUUUUCAAGGUCAUAGCCUGGGUGCAACGAAGGUGUCCCGGGCACAGACGUUUCCCAGCUACCCCUCGGAGCAGGGUGAGGAGCACCAGCAGUCCCUCUCACUGGCCAGCAGCUACACCUUCAGCUACGGCUCAGGCCUCGUGCAAUGACAGCCGGGGGCGGCCGGCCAAGAGAGACAGUCAAGCCUGGAGCCUGUUGCCAGGGCCAGGGAAGAGCGUGCACCCUCCACACCCACAAUUGCCAUGAAAACUGAGGCCUACCAGCUCCAGCCCGGCCACCAUGAAGAUGGGAAUCUGGAGAGGCAGCUUCCCUGAAGCAGAGGCUAAGUCUUUAUUUAUUUGUUUUGCCAUUCCUUCUGUCAGUAUGUUUAGGA